AUGACGUCCAUCAGCCCCACGAGUCCGUUCCACACCUUCUGGAAACCCGCCGCGCUGCCCAUCUUCACGGGGCUCCUCGCGCUCCUCGGCGCCGGCGACGGCCUCCUGAACCUCACGCAGCCCGAGACCGGCGCCGGCAACUUCGGCCUCAUCCCGCCCUCCCGCGCGUCCGUCUCGCCGGCGCAGUUCGACGCCUUCCACCACGCCCUCAUCAAGGUCAAGGGCGCGCGCAACCUGCACAUGUCGGCGAGCAUCCUGGGGCUGCUGCUCUACGCCCAGUUCUCCGAGGCGUGCCGCGCGUCGCCGGCCGCAAGGGAGGCGGUGCACCGGUGCGUGGGCAUCGUGCUCACGCUGGGUACGGGCGUCGGCCUCAGCGGCGCGUUUGUGAUUUGGGAGUAUGUCAAGAGCGUCAAGACCGAGAGCUCGAGGAAGGAGAUCGAGGUGGGCAGGGCCAAGGCCAAGGCGCAUUUUAUCACGAGUCUGCCGAUAUUGGCGCUGGGGCUGACGUAUUUGUUCUACUGA